CGAAACCCGGGUCCAGGGUUUCCUGUUGACUACCUCCAACCACCAUCUAAAUGUUAAUUGUCUCAGAUGUCAUUGUUCCUGCAUUUCUAUACCAAUUACUUUCUGUGCCUGUUCUUUCGUUUUUCGAUCUUCUCGACCUUCUGCUACCAGACAUUCUAUUCCCGACUGGCGUUUUAAAAGCGCUUCAUAUCUUUCUUUCUACGGACUAAUUCUUUCUUCCUGUAUUAUGUCCUUAUAUGCAAUCUUUCUUUUUUUUAUAUUACCACCAAUUAGUUAACUACUUCUAUGAAUCCGAUGUUCAUCUUGUUGUGCUAAUGAAGUGUGGCAACUUGGACCGAUGCACAUCUGUGCCUGGUCCUACAUUGUAGCUGACUGACUGGCUGACUGACUUAUACUACUUAUGUCUAUAUAAGUAGCACACACCACAGUGAAUUGAAUUGUAUCGUAAUCAUUUGUUUAAUGCUCAAUGUGUUUUUUGUCUUUUUAAUACAAUUAUGGUGUUUUAAUUUUUGUAGGGCAGUAGAGGGAACUCUUUUGCUAUGUUUAAUCGAGCCAUGUUAUGAUUAUAUUCACUACUAUUAUGAAUAGACAUACAUUCUAUAAUGGAAUUUUGAUUAUUGGCAGACGAAGAAAUUUAUGUAAAUCAACUACCGUUUAAUUACUAUCAGAUUUGCACACUAAAAUUGAUGAGUAUUUUUUUCAGUCAAUAACAAUAUAGUUUAUGUUACAGACUGGCCAUUAGUUAAACAACCAUAGAAAACCAAGUGGUAUGGCUGGAUAGCUAUUUCGUCCUACUAUGGGACUCCGCACCAAUAUGUAUCCCUAAUCUUACCAACAGAGAUCGAACACAGGAUCUUAAAAUUUCUCAGUGAGUGUGUGCCAAUGAAAACUACCAGAUUGGUAUUCAGUGGUGAACAGCUCAAUUGGUGCUCAAAAGGGUGUUUUAUUUCCGUUCAGGUCGUAUUAUUUAUUGACAGAAUGUAAAGAACCCUCUGAAUAUUUUCAACUAUGUGGUCCUGAACCUACAGGCCCUGGCACGGCCAUAAGGGAGUCAGCUCUUCCACUCGAAAUGUUUCAUAUAUCCACGUGAAUACAGCCACUCCCAUGAAAGUCCUACUCACUGGUCUCUCGCUGCAGGAGUGUUGUUUCCGAAAUGGAGAAGACGAAAAGAGAAUAUCCAGCGCAUUAGCCGGGUUGGUGGACGCAGAAGGUCCAUUUAGGUUAAUUGGUGCACAUGAACUUCAGGAUCUUGAGGGAACAAUGGGUGUAUGAACCUGUUGUUGGCCACCGGCUACCAUGUGACUGCAUCGCCUAGCGUUGAUCCACUGUCCUGUGGGUUACACCUGUAGGUCAGAGGCUUGAGGAGUAGCACCUGAAGAAAACCACUUGUUUCGGCUUGAAUGCCCGAUCAGUAUUACAACGCUCACACAAAUGGAAUGAUCUGUUUGAUGCAUCUAUACCAGUAUUUAUGUGUUUAAAUAAAUAAAAUCAAUUCCUCCCAAUGAGUUCUGAAAGCCUUAAGCUGAAUAUUAUCAAUUCAUUUGUCGACUAAUAAACAGAUAUAUGUCAUUAAUUUGCACUGAUUGCCCAGUUUGCUGAAUUCAUUAACAAUCGUGAAAUGAAAUGGUUUUAUUACGAAUUAGAAUCCACCGGAACCCUGUCAAUUGAUACUUUGUCCCAAGGUCUUAUUUUGUUUAGAAAUUAUGUCUCUGCACUUUCAAAGAGUUUCAGCUAAUGUUAAAACAGCUACCUAGUGUUUUUCUCUAUUUGUGUGUGGUAAUUACACGGUUUAGUGUCAUGUUCAUGGACAAAAUUACCAGUGAAAAUGAUUACGAAGUUUUCAGUUCAAACGAAGAUUACUGAAAAGAAACAGAGUCUUUUUACUUAGGAUAAAAUCAUUAACCAAUGUUUUCUAGUUUUAUAUAAGUACUCUAAGAGAAAGUAAUCUAUGAAGAACAUAACUAACAGACAUUUUUCUCAAAUCGAAUAAGUUUGAUUAGGGUGUAAACUAAUAAAUAAGUCGAUCAGACUAUGACGUAAUUAGAGAUAAAGUUGUGCUUUUGAACAGAGGUGAUUGUGGCUAGCAGUGAGAUCCAAUACACGCGUUUCAUCCUGUCUGGGACUCGUCAGCUGGAUAGUCACAAGUCCACCUAAAUUUAUGUUCAUUAUGAUUAGAAAUCGGCCUAUAUGUUCUAUUAGUUAAAUGGAUAACGGUGAACAUAUGCUUUAUCGACGUAAUUAAUGUCUUUCUAUCUGUUUUAUGGAUUAUUAGUCAGUGUUUUCUUAGUAGAGCAUUGGUCGUUGAUAAAAGCAACGCUUUUGUUGAACAAAAUUAAUUCUAGUAUCCAAUAAUGUCUAUUUAGUUUGUUAUAUAAAUAAGUAUGCUGAGGUUAUUAUAUUACAAGUUAAUUUUACAAAUUUCAAAAUAAAUCAAUCUUAACUCCUUAAAAUUUACUCCAUAUCAGUCGUAAAGCAUCUGUUUAAAUUUGUCAAUAGAUCACAGAAAGUUCCCAGGUAUCAGACUUCUUGGGUGUUUCAUCUGUUCACGUUUUGUUACAGUUGUGUGCUUAGACUGUUCGGUUGUCGGUCGUGCACAUGUUUUUGGUGUUUGCUGGCAUUUUGUAGGUUGGUUUUAACUAGGCGAUAUGCAUCGGUAUUGCAUCACCCCAACAUUCCGUCGACGACUUAUUGAUGAAGGGUUGUAGAAGAGUUUUGAUGGUUCUGUUUGUUCUUUCCACUAAGCCGUUACCUUCCAGGUGGUAUGCGGUAGUCUGUGUUUUCUGGAUUCCUAGUAAUUGGCAUACCCGGGCGACGAGAUGGCUUUCAAAAGCUGCACCUUGGUCAGAAUGAAGUGAGACUGAGGCGCCGUAACGGGAGACCCAAUGAUCAAUAUAACUUCGAGCGAUUUUGAGGGCAUCUUGUUGUGGUAUAGGAGUGGCUUCACACCAUUUGCUAAAAUACUCUACCACCACCAGUAUAUAGUGGUUUCCGUUCUUCGACGUUGUAAGUGGCCCCAUAAUAUCGAUACCAGCUCGUUGAUGUGGACCUUCUGUCGUCACUGGAAAUAACGGGGAACGGGGUAUUUGUUGAGGAUAAUUGAUGACAUAGCACAUGCCAAAAGGUUUGCAGAAUUCUGCUAUGUCUUCAUGUGUGCAUGGCCACCAAAACCUCUGGUAAAUCGCAUGUCCUGUCUUCUGGUGUCCCGAGUGCCCGAGUUAUCGGUGCACCUGCUCCACAAUAUUAUGAACUUGUAUACGUGGUACUAUCAACGAUGGCUGUUUUGACUCACUGACCAUAAAUAACGUGUCCCCACAAAAUCUCAGAGACCGCCAGGCGUUUAUCCUAAAAUUUUAGUUCAUCACUAAUUAAUUAGAAACUACAAGAAACUGAACACAACUCUAUGAUAUCAUCAACAUAAGAGGUUGACUAUCGUUUGGGUUUCGAACUGUUAUUGUAUUCUUCACGGGUCUCAUUAAAAUGCUUAUUCCACCUGUAAAAAGCUGGUUUGUUUUAGUACACCACCUCCAUAUAUAACGCGUUAGUGUUUCAUGGAUUUCCCGAGAGCAUUUUUCUCUAAAUUAUACCAGAAAUGUAUUGAUAACCCUAUUUCCUAGUUCGUAUAUUUACUCGACAGGUCAUAUAUUUACUUUGGGAUGAAGUUUAUCUUGUUAUAAGUUACAAAAAUUCCUAGUGAUGGACUCCUUAGCAAUUCGUAUCCAUGACUCCGUAAUCUAGAAUGGAACAUCUUAACAUUUGAUCCAGCAUUCAACGAUAUUAAAGUUAGUUCGAUGCCGAAUCAGUGAUGUAGAAUUAAAAUUCCAGGUUUCAAAGGUACUGUGGAUCCUCACUGUUGGGAAGUCUUCUAGUCAAACAAAACGUGCACUCAGUGAUAUUAGAUUUUCAAUGUCUAUCUAACUUAAAUCAGGUUCAUUAUCUCAAUAAUUUUUUUUUGUUUUUCGAAAUAUCAUUGUCUUGUUUUAAAUACACAAUCAUUUUUUAAUUUGGACUUUAGACGCGUACUUGUUUUAUUUGUCUAUUUAUUUAUACUACAAAAACAAUUGUGAAAUAAAAUGUAAUUCGCUUUUUCAUUGUUAUUCAAGUAGAAUCAUUAGUCAAUUCUCAUUGUACAUCAUGCACAUAUCCGCCCCCCCCCAAUAUAUAUUUAUGUACAGACCAAUAUAUAUCUUGUAAAUAAAUAUCAUAAUUACCAAGUGAGUUAGAAGAGAGAGAGAGAGAGAGGGAGUGAGGGUGAUUGAAACUAGAUAUGUAAGAAAUACUCAGUGAAAAUAACUAUCAUAAUAAUGAUACAUGUGAUUUGCAAUGAUUAAUUUGCUAUGAUGCUUAAAUUACAUAAAUACAUAAUUGUUCCAGUUAAAAUGAUUGUUACAUUGAAAAGAAAGAAACGAUAAUUUUGUUUAUUCUUGGUAUUUAUCAUGAAUUAACAUGGAUUUGGGGGAUAUUAUUAAUGCACACGGUUCAUUGUACAUAUGCUUCAUGCUAGAAUGAGACUCCUCAGCAGUGCGUACUAACAAUCUCAGCGGGGAUCGAACCUAAUUACCUUCAGGUUUCACGGCCAAGUUCGAGAGGAAUUUGUGAAAGUUCUAGUGAAAAUUCGAGGCGAGUGCUGUUCAACCGUGUCGGGUAUGAGACAGUUACGUUGCUAAGGUAUUCCAAAUAGUUUACAAAUAACGAAAUCUUUUGUUCUAAUUCUUUUUUCCAGAAGCAAUUAAUAUUAAGCAUUUUCAAGUUGACGUAUAAAUACAGAGUGAAAAGCAUGAUAAACCUAACUUUUUCAUAAUAAAUUCUAACUGUAAUUCAACUGAAUAAGUUUUAGAAAGAUAGGUUUAUUUUUAGGUUAAAUUCGUCUCAGAUUUAUAUUAGUUUGGGGAAGCAUAGGUUUUUGUCAGACGAAGGUUUGAACAGACAAUUUCACACUGAUUGAUAACUGAUCGAAUAGGAAAUUCGUCAGUUCAAUGUUUAUUUUAAAUUAUCAAUGGAUGCCGGCUCAGUGAUCUAGAGGUUAAGCGUUUGCGUGCGAGACCAAUAGAUCCUGAGUUUGAAUCUCGUUAGGCGCAGUUGCCAAUGCGCACCGCUAAGGAGUCCUGUAAUAGGACGAAACGGCUGUCCAGUGCUUCCAGGUUUUCCAUGGUGGUCUAGCUUUAAUUGUCUCAUGAUCUCAACUGUUAAAAAUAUCAUUUAUUUGUUUAAAGAAAAAAAAACAAUAACACUAAUUCAUUUUUAUUUACUUUAUAGCUGAUGAACUUGCCACAUUUGUUGCACAGAUCACUAGAAAUUUACAAGAAAUUGAAAAAAACACGAAAUUAUCCUUGAAUAGUAAUCAAUCGGAUAUGAACAACAGCAAUGAUAUGAUGUUGAAGACUUCGACAUCUAUCGACCAAUCACAAUUAAAUACUACACAUUCAUCAUUGUAUUUGAAAGCCGCCAAUAAUAAUGAUCAAGUUACGCAUCUUUCAUCAGGUAAUUAAAGCAAGCCAGAGGAACACAGUUGUUUCCAUUAAAUUAUAUAUAUAUAUAUAUAUAUAUAUAUAAGCAUUAAUAUGAUGUUUCAUAUAUUAUUUGGAUUGUCCUCGUGUUAACAUUAAUUGUAAUAUGAUUGAAGAGAAAAACUUAAUAAGUAGUUUAAUAUAAUAAGAUAGAAUAUCAGUAAUGGAAAGGUAUUUGUUUUAAUUUCUUUAGUUGCAAUUUUGCUGAAUCUAAAUAUUUUGUGUCGUUCAUGCUAAUAGUGUGAUCUUAUCUGAGCACUUUAUCAUUAUGUUUUUAUACAAAAGUAUUCAUGCAGUAUAGCCACCGAAGUAAUAACUAAUAAUAAUCAUUAUAUUGAUCGCCCUAUAAACUAAAUGGUGUAUAUUGUGAUAAUUAUGUAUAGAAAGAACUAUUUUGUCACCGACCAUUUCAUAAUCAUCUGGAAAAGUUGAUAAAGUUUGGUCUAAAUGAUGCAUCUUUUUAUCUUGUAAUAAAUGUGUAGUGAACGAGAACUUCAGUGAGGAUAACUAAAUUUAUUUGAGUAUAAAAUUACAGAAUCUCUUAGUAAAAUCUGAGAAGCAUACAGUAAAUACGUCAUUUGCAAAGUGUCAAUUAAUCGUUUCAGACUUGAUUGUUCCUUCUUUUCUACACCAAUCAUUCUCUGUUUUCAUUCUCUUCGAUCUUCUUAACAUUCUACCACCAGGCAUUUCAUUUUCAUAAGAAAAAAGGAACAAAGACAAGUAUAUUGUAAUUCAUGUAUUGAAAAUCUGAUGAAAAAAAGUGGUUGCAGCAUCUGAACUGAUAGAAAAUUUUCAUCAUUAAAGAUGAAUCGACAGGUCCAGGCUACAGAAGUUUAUCGUAAUGUUACACAACUGGUGCUGAGAAUUUGUUACCGAUGCACAAUUUAUAAUAGUGAAUAUUGUUAUUAUGAUCAUAGAAGUCAGAAUAGUUUAACGAUCUGUCUGCAGUGCAUCAAUAAAGUAGCAGUCCUAACAAAGGAACUAUUUGAUACUGAAAAAUAAUCAGCAAAUAUUUUCCCCAGUAGUUGAAAUCAUGAGUCAUUUGAAGCUAGAACACCAUGGAAAACCUAGAAGCACUGGAAUACCGUUUCGUCCUAAUAUGGGACUUCUCAGCAGUGCGCAUCCACGAUCCUGCCUCUCGAGAUUCGGACCCAGGACCUAUCAGUCUUGCGCGCGAGCUCCUAACCAUUAGACAACUGACCCGGCAUCCAACGGUGGUAAUGUCAACCAAUCUACGAAAUUGCGCCACCGUCACUAUUGUUUUCAGUGAGUUGAUGAGCACCGCUGAAGAGUCCUAUAAUAGGACGAAACGGCCAUCCAGUGCAUCCAGGUUUUCCAUGGUGGUUUAACCUCAAAGGACUCAUGAUUUCAAUUAUGGCAAUUGGUAAAAUCCCCACAAACUCCUUCUGAAAAAAAAUAUAUCUGGACUAUUUUGUCCUAGUUUGUUGCUCCUCAGCAAUGCGAUUCCGAAACCUCAUCGAUUAUAGGGUCAAAGAUUUCGAGGUCUCAUUGAUAACUUCGUAAAGCAGUUCGGGAUUUCUUGUGACAAGCUGGAACAAGCGGAUUUCAACUUUAUGGGAUGAAUGAAAGUUAUUAGCAAUGGAUGAAGGUAUUCGUUAUCACUAACUUAUUGAAAUUUGACAUAUAAACCAUUGGUCGCUGGUUUGCAGGUAAAGUUCUUGCCGAGAGACUAAAAGAUCUUGAGUUUGUUCGUCUGUAACGCUUGAUCAUAAAUGAAUGCUGCUGUGGAGUCCAUAUUAAGGUAAAAUACCCGUCCAGUGCUUCAGUCUUAAUCUAACAUAGGUCAGUUUGUCAUCUAAAUGAUUUCCAACAAUCUCCACGAACUCUAUCAUAUUUGUGAGUUUUCCAGAUUGUGACAAUAUUAUUUAUUGAAUUUAACUACUUUGUGUAAAAGUAGAUAUUACUUAUAACUCACUUACUUAUUUACCCCUGCUACUCCUCGUGGAGGAGCAUAGGCCGCCCACCAGCAUUCUCCAUCCAACCCUGUCCUGAGCAAUCCUCUCCAGCUCUUUCCAGUUGUUAUUCAUCCUUUUCAUAUCUGCUUCUAUUAUCCAACGUAAUGUGUUCUUUGACCUUUCUCUUUUCCGCUUCCCUUCAGGAUUCUAAGUUAGCACUUGUCUCGUGAUGGAUUUUGGUGGUUUUCGUAUUGUACGUCCUAUCAAUUUCCACCGUCUUUUCCUAAUUUCUUCUUCAACUAGAAGCUGGUUUGUUCUCUCCCAGAGAAGGCAUUUGCUGAUGGUAUCCGGCCAAUGGAUGUUGAGUAUCUUGCGUAGACAGCUAUUUAUAAAUACUUGUACCUUCUAAAUGGUGGUUGUUGUUCUCCAAGUUUCAGCUCCAUACAGUAGAACUGCCUUGACGUUCGUAUUGAAGAUUGUGACUUUGAUAUUGGUUGAAAGUUGUUUUGAGUCCCAUAUGUUCUUCAAUUGUAGGAAUGCGACCCUUGCUUUGCCAAUCCUUGCCUUUACGUCUGCAUCUGAACCUCCUUGUUCAUCGAUGAUGCUUCCCAAGUACAUGAAGGAUUCCAUAUCUUUCAGAGUUUCGUCAUCAAGAAUGAUUGGAUUGCUGUUCUCCUUUUUGAAUUUGAGGACCUUGGCUUUCCCUUUGUGUAUGUUGAGGCCCACUGAUGCAGAGACUGCUGCUACUCUAGCUGUCUUCAUCUGCACUUGUUUAUGUGUAUGCGAUAGGAGGGCUAUGUCGUCUGCGAAGUCCAAAUCAUGUAAUUGGUUAUGAGCAGUCCAUUGUAUGCCGUAUUUUCUCUCAGAUGUCGAGGUCUUCAUAAUCCAGUCGACCACAGGAAGAAAAAGGAAGGGAGGAAGUAAACAGCCUUUUCUGACUCCGGUCCUUACUUGGAAUGCACUGUAUUACUUAUAAGAAACAUAUUCAAAAGCACUUCAAUUAUUUUUUUUCAUGAAAUUCAAUGUUAUUCAAAACGUGUCUGAAAGUCAUUUGGACGGGAUUUCACAAGAUCCAGUCCAAUUAAUCCUUUCGAUUUUUUGUUAAAUUCAAGAUGUUUGUUGGUGUAUACCAAAAACAGUAUACUUCGUCUUAUUUAUUCAAAUAAUUAUAGGUUAUUUUUACUAUUAUUACCUUAGAUUUUGUGAAAUUUGUUGACAAUGAAUUAAUCACAUCAGGAAUUGAUAGUAGUUCAACUAUCAUUGAAAACCGCGAAGCAGCAGAAAGCUGUUUCGUACACAAAUGACACUCUCUGGCAGUGAGAACUCAUGCUAGUGGGAUGUAGGGUGAGUGUUUCUCUCUAUUUGGAACUCAUCGGCUGUGCAUACCUGUAUUUCAGUCUGUUAUGUACAUUAGACUCAAACCCAGUACUUUCUUUAUCAAUAGUCAAUCCGUUACCGAUUAAGCUACUAAAUUAUUCAACAGAAAUAAAGUUAUCAGUAAGGGUUUGUAAACUCCUGUUGUUAAUAUUCAGUACUAGAACUGAUCAUUCACUGUCACUUUAUGAACUUACUGUGGAGAUUAUCUUGUCAAUAUCGACUCGUUUAUGUUUUUUUAGUUUGGUUGACUGAAUUCAUAGAGUAUUGCUAAAUUUCAUAGCAUUGCUAACUUUAUCAGCAUAUUUCGUCUCAGAUUAGUCCUAUUUGGGCUAGCAUUGAAAAUCAUUCAGUAAAGGACAACUGUUUCGUACUAGCCUAAGAUUUCUCAGGAGUGCAUACUCACAACCCUAAACCCAGGGAUCUAAUCCCAGCCCAGCAGUUCUUAUGACGAAUGUACAGCCGUUAGGAUCAUUGGGUUUGUUGUCUAUUGAUACAUGUAUCAAACACCAAUCAAUUUACAAUUUGGCACUAUUGUCAUGCAACAGCAUUAGUCACAUUUUCUGACUAGGACUCAUUAAUAAUUAAAUCACUACUGAGCUUUUUAUUAGUAGUUUAAACCAAACCAUAACGAAUUCAUUUGGAUUUUUAUCGUUUUUACAAAUGUUUGUAUGUUCAUCUCAGUAGAUUUCAUUUCCUGGGCCGUGAUUAACUGUUAUGCAAACAAACGUAAAUAUUACGAAUACCUUUUUGGUUUUUCUAAGGCUGAGAUUUUCUCGAUGGUGUUGUAUUGACUGAAUAUAAGACCCGACUUGAAAAUUGAUCACCGACAUAUGUAUUUUGGUAAUAAUUCUUAUUUGGGAAUCAUUUCAUAAGUGUUAAAUUAAGUUAGAAAUAUUAGUAUCUGACUUCUACUUAAGUAUUAAUAAUUAAAUGGCUAUGUAACACUGAAGUGAAACGGUGGAUGCUUACUGACGAGAAGUCACACGCUAGGACGAAACAGCCGUUCAGUGUUUCCAGGUUCUCAGUGGCGGUUUGAUAUUGAUCGAUUCAUGAUCUCGAUCGAAACAUAUGAUUUUUCAAACAUAUCUUGUUUCUGCUGCUUACUUCAAGGAGUCAGAUGGACUGUUAUAGAUGUAACUUCAUUAACGCAUUAAAUGAAUAACAUGGUUCCAAUGAUGUUAUACGACUGUGUAUCUCUAUGUUUUAAAAUGUGUAACAAUGCUGAUAGAGCCUAUUGCUCAUUUUUUCAUCGUUAUUUCAAGGUCACAAUGUGUGUGAGCCUUAAACCAUGAUUUAGAGAGGACAAAAGUUAGUUUAACAAGCACACGUAGACCAAGCCAUCUAUUGUGUCAUCUUAUAUCUCUCAAUAACUUAUCUCCACUAUCAAUUAAUUUCGUUCAAAUUUACCGUUAAUAAUGAGUCAUUAAUGAGACAUUUUCUGAAAUAAAGAAAACAUCUCAUGAAAAGAAUUCAGUGUUUUAAACCAUUUUUCUACAAUCACAUCUCUAUGUAAAUAUAUAAACACACACACACUUUCUCCUCAAUCUCAAUAUUCUGUGGAUAGUAGUAGUAUUUGUGCAGUUCAGUUUUGGCAGAAUACACAUUUAUCGAUGUCAUAAAUGUUGAGACAUUUUAUUUACUUAUCUAAUACAAACAAAAUGAAUCUGGUUUGAUUCUGAUGAUACUUCUAUAGAAUGAUGAUCUUAUGUGUAAUUGUGUAUGUGUAUCACUUUGCUUUCUUACAUGUACACAAUGAUGUUGUGUUUUAAUUGAAUGAAUUAAUAUUGAAGACAAAAUUCGGUGCUUGUCUUUUGAACAUUGAAUAUUCAUGUUCUUAUAUUGGUAUGUUGAUAUGGUGUGGUAUAUGUCAGUUUAUUCUCAUUAAAAUAAAGAGUAUUUUUAUUACGGAAUAAAAGUAACUACAAAAUAAUCUACGUAUAUAUUGAAUACUGAAUGUAAAGUAAAUGAUACUUGCUAUGUCAAUUCUCAUUUAUCAAUAAGGGGUUGUAGGGAUUAUUGAAUUUCAUUUAAAUCAUGAAAGGAUUUCUACAAGCCUUUACUGAUAUUUAUUAUGUUUUAAUUAGUGCGAGGAAAUUUCUGAAGUUCUUGUAUUAAGUCGUAAUUGGUGGAGUUGGACUGUAUUGAGUGUGAUGCAGUUAUCCACCAAUGACAAUGGAAGAUGGUCACGCCAUGUCCUGGAUUGAUUGGAGUUAAACAUUAACAUCUUUAGAUGCUGAAUCGGUGGUCCAGAGGUUUAACGUCUUCGAGAGACCAACAGCACUGAGUUCGAAUCACACGUGCGGGAUUGUAGAUUCGCACUUCUGACGCGUCCUAUAGUAGGACGGGACGGGCGUUCAGUGCUUUCAGGUUUUAAAUAAUAGUGUAACUUGGAUCGGUUCAUGAUUUCAAUGAAAUUCUCAUUUAAUUUCUAAUGAUCUGUGUACAACAAUUUUCGGUCAUGGUUAUUCGGUGAUAAAGCAACAAAUAAUUAAAUUAAUUAACAGUAAAUUGUUUGAAUUAUACUGUGAUUAGUAUACACAAUUGUAUUUUGAUCAGUUAUUGUAAGCAUAUAUGUGUGCAUCAUGUGUUAAUCACGUUGAUGUAGCCAUGAUCAUAAUCUUUACUAAUAACAAUAUAAACAUAAGAUAUUUUAACUAGUUCGUUGAUGAGUGAAAUAAAUAGUUCAGCGCACAACACAUUGGAUAUUUGAAAUGAAAGAGGUUUCUGGUUUGCAGUCUCAAUAUAAAAAUCAAUAUUGGGAUGCCGGUACACGUAGCUAACUAGCUAUCUCUGAAUAGAACGAAAUGCAUAUAUUGAGUUUUUCGGCUAUCUAUAAUUCAUCUAUUCUAUUGAAAUCACAUUUUUAUUUUGUCGGUUAACUGACAACAAUUCGAUUUCAUUUGAGGUUGGGUGGGCGGUUGGGAUUGAAAAUCAUUAAGCAAUCGAUGAUAAUGGUCUUGUCGUAGUCAGAAACUUUUCAACAUAAUACUAAUUAAAAAAAUAGUUCUUGCAAGUUGUUUAAUCAAACUACAAUAAUUUCAUGUCAAUGAAGUAGUUCAAUUGAGCUAAGAACUUGACCGAAAUCCUUAGAUAAUCAUAACAACAUUACCAUCAAUUAAUAACCAACCAAUACUAGUGUAAUUGCUCAUUUUCAAUAAACUAAUCAGUGCUACCACCCACCCACCCAACACCACAUUUUCUUUUAUUGUAAAAUUUGUAGUCUAUCUAGAUCACGUUGAAGCAACAUUACUUCGUAGUUGAAUGAUGGAUUUAUAAAAUCCGUGUACAGGGUUUCUUUCAGGCAGUCCAAAGUGUUUGUUUCUCUAAAAAUUAUUUUUCAUUAGUGUAAGGUGUUCGUGAAGAUUGUUGAGAUUUUUAUAGUAUACAUUACGAAUAAUAACUGUAGUUAGACAAUCAUUCACACUAAGGAGCAUUAAAUAACUGUUCCAUUCCAAUUGCGUAUUCACAACACAUCCGGGUAUCGUACCUAAGACCUUUAGAGCAUACGACAUAUCAAAUUUCAACUAAUUCACGAUAUUAUUUUCUACUUUGGCCUGAAAUUCUAUUUGUUCACUUUUCAACUAUACUACUAACAAUAAUAAUAACCCCAUUAUUAUCUUUCUUUUUUUAAGUAAAAUAACUUAUCAUGAUAGGAUGGUAAGUUCAUAUUGGUAAAUACUUUCAAUGUGUCUGCAGUUGCCUUAGGCUCUAUACUUGGAAUAUUAAUAUUCCUUUUGGCCACUCUUCUUGUCGUCUAUAGUCUAAGGCAUAAAUUAUUUGAACAUUAUCAUAAAACUAUUGAUCUAGCUGCAAUUUCAUCGUCGAAUCGUCUUGGUUCCUGUACAUUGGGAACAUUUAGUAGAUCUAAAGAUACUUUAUUAUUUCCAACAUGUAAAAAAUCUCUCAUGUCAUUCCAUAACAAUAGUAACAACAACAACAACCAUAAUCACACAAUUUUCACCAAUGGAAAUCUCUUCAAAUCUGAUCCACAUUUAUUGAGUCAUAAUACAAUCAAUGAAAGUUUCCCAGAUUUUCAGAAUACAGCACAACAACAACAACAACAAACAUUUUCACUUCAUUCAUCAACUGUUUCGGGUGUGAAUAGAAAACCGUCAAAUAUUGACUUUAUUACAGAUGGUCAUUUACCACCAUGGCGUAAUUCUUUUAUGAAAAGAAAUCACAAAACGCCUACUGCUAUUUCAGCAUUAACAUUGGUACCAAAUACACCGAAUUCAGAUCGUCGACAGAUUAUGAACUCAUUACCAUGGCUACGGACAAAUUCCACAUCUCAUAUUAGCAGUAAUAAUGGUGCUCCCUCUUCCUUUAAUCAUAAUGCUAAUCAUACUAAUAGUACUACUAAUACUAAUAAGAAUAAUAACCAUUCAAGAUUUGGAGCAUCUAGUGAAACAAUUCUAUUUUCGUCAUUGAAUCCACCGAAUGGUAUGCCACGUUCAUGGUGGUUACCAUGGCGUAGAAGUAUGCGAAAAAAACGUCGAUUAUAUACACAGUUACAAAGACGUCAGGAAAUUCAAUCAUUAUCUCAACGGGGUCUUUUAGAAUCAUCUGGUAGUUUUUUAGGGAAAUCCACUCCACAAUUACCAAAUAAUCGUCAUUUAAUGACAUCAUCAAAUAAUAGUGGGCUAUUGGUGAAUGACAAUGUUUCAAGAUUUGGUACAACUGCUGAACCAUCAUUACCUGCGAUACCUAUAUCAUCAUCGCCAUCAUCAACAUCAUCGUUAUCAAACAAGGAAGAAUUGAUUCAUCAACAUCCAUACUCAACUCAUAUUUUUUUAAGAUCGGGAAGAUCUGGCAGUGAAAGAACACGACAAAGUACAAAGACGUUGAUCACGACCACAGACAACGGUAGUAAUUCCGGGAUAGUUAGCGCUUUAUACGCAAAUGAUGAUCAAGCGAAUUCACCAAGUUAUACAAAGUAUCCUAUGAAUUUGCCAAAUAAUAAUAAUAGUAAUGGAGACAAUACAUCACUGUCUAUUUAUCCCAAGACUAAUUCAAAUAUACAAUCUAUUUCAUGGAUCAAUGUGAAUGAUAAUGAUUUACCAUGGAAAUUUACACCACCAAGUAGAAAUAGUUUUAGUAAUGGUAUUCGACGAUUAUCAUCAUUUUUUCGUAGUUUUAAUCAAAGUAACGGAUCAUUUACACCACCAAGAUAUCAUAAUAACAAUAAUAGUAAUGGUUAUGGAUUAUCUUAUAAAAAAUCAUCUUUAAGGUCUUCAUCAUUCAAUACAUCACGUACAGAGAUGAUGCCAUCAAUGCCAGUAUUACCUACAUUUAACUAUUUGACUACACCAAAUAAUAAUAAUAAUAGUGGUAAUAUUGUACCAUUGACCAGUCAUUAUCCGGUCAAUAAACAACAUUUUGAUUCAUUUCGAUUAAAUGGUCGUCAUGUUACUCAUCCGUUGAUGCAACCAGCUUUGCAAUCAAUGUCAGAAUCGAAGGAUUUACACAGAAAACAUAAUUAUAUCGAGAAUAUGUGGAGUACUCAAACAGUAAAACUAUCAUUAUUUCAUCAAGAUGCUUAUCAACACCAAACUCAUCAUACUAUGUAUAGCAGUGGAGAUGAACACACUACCAUCAAUGAUAUGUUAUCACGUAACACAACAAAAACUAGUUUACAAGGAAGUAGUCGACUAGAUUCCUUACUAUCCACAGAAUUGAUUGAUUUAUGCAACAAUAACAAUGGGUGUAGUAGUAGUAAUAAUAAAAAUAUUGUAAAGAAUGAUCCAUUGGCUAAAUUAAAUUCUACUUCAGUGACAGUAAAGCAAACGGUACCGAAUUCAAUGUACAAUAGUUCACUAAGUUAUAAUAAAUUUGAUUAUAUUGAAAAAGAUGAAUUAAAUCAUUUACCAUAUCUAACAACUGAUCCUUAUUUGGAACCUGUUUCACUGAAACGAAGACAACAACAAGAAAAACAACCGGAAAAUUUGAUAAAUACAGAGAAAAUCAAUCUCAUUGAUCAUUAUAAUGAUAUAGAUCUCGAUACAGCAGUGAACGAAAAUGGUGAUUUAAUCAAAUUAAAUAAAUGUGAUCAACAUCGUGCAGUUCAUAGUGGAACAAGUUCAGCAAUUAGUUCAUUAGUAUUUGCUGAUGAUUCUGAUCUUUCUAAAGUGUCAGAAAAUUCAAUAAAAAGUCGAAAAUCUGAUCAAUAUAGUUCAUUACACAUGAUCACAUCACAAACUGUAUCAUCAAAUGAAACUAAUUCAAUGAAUAAUAAUCCUACAAUAGAUGUUACAACGGUUAUUACCAAUAUUUGUACUACUACUACUACUACUACUACUACUACUACUACUACUACUACUACUACUACUACUACUACUACUACUACUACUACUACUACUACUACUACUACUACUUCUACAACCUACAUUUCAAUUCCCACUGCUACAGCAAUUGUUUCUAACAGUGAUGACAUUGUUGUUCUACCUCGAGUGAAAAACCCAAAUAAUAUUGAUUAUGUAACUUAUGAUGAAACACGUUCGUAUGAUAAGAAAAAUAACCGAUUUACACUGAAUAAAAUUACUGGACAACAACCAUAUUCAAUUGAUUAUGACCGUAAUCCGUUGAAUACAGAUAACAAACUUGUAGCUGGAACACUAACAAAUGCAUCAGCAUUGUUGUCAUCAGAUCAUGAAGUUCAACGUAGAAUCAAUACAAUGAAAGGUGAUUCUGAUUCACGCCCAUUAUCUGAUGCAAUGAUUAGCAAUCAUUAUUAUGAUUUAAAUCGUAAUAUAAAUUAUCAAGAAAUAUCAAUGGAAUCAUCAUUACAAGAAGAGGAAAACAGGGAUUCUAAUCAUCAAUUAUUAUACAAAUCUCAUCCACCAUUACCACCAUUAUGGUCUAAUAAUAAUCAUGUGCAACAUUUUAAUAAAAACCAUGUUAUUACUGCCACUACUACUACUAAUAAUAAUAAUAAUGAUAGUAGUAAGAGAAAUUUUGGUUCAAUCGAUUCAUUAUAUGAAACAGUGGAUUUGCCUAGAACUAAUUUACCGACUCCAAUGUUAACGUCGACAACAAUGAUACAACGACAACAACAACAAAAACACUUCAUGGAUUUCGGAAAUCUUGUCAAUAGCGAACAUUUACGUCAACAUCGACGUAGUUGUAUGGCAUUACCGCCAACACCAUCAUCUUUAUUCAAUGUAAAAGCACCAAUACGUUUAAUCGGUGAAAUGGAUGAUUGGAAUUUGCCUAGUUGUUCUGAUGAUUCGGAAUAACUAAUUUAUGAUUCAGAGAAAGGAGAAGACAAUGAGAAUUAUUGUAUAGAUCAAAGAUUUUUAAUGAAAAUAUUCAAUUUGUAAACGAUUUACAAUGAAAAUCAAUCCAUUCUUUAUUUAUUCCCAGCUUCAUUGUGAUACAUCCGUAUCACAGUUUUGAUUAAAGGAACUUCCAUUCACAGUGGAAACUGCUUCCGAGUUUUUACUGUGAGCAUUCAAAUGAUGAGUUUUGGAAAACAUUGAUAAAUAUGUGUAGUUUGUUUCUCUACAAUUCGAUUGUACCAUUCACCAAUCUUAUAUGCAUGCAAAACCUGACGCUGUUUAGCUGAAGAUAUUCAGUGAUCUUUCUGUAUUCCAUUGAGGUUAUCUUCCAAGAAAUGUUAACAUUCAGUAGCAAAAUCUCGUUAAUGGUUUUGGUUUAGCAAUGUGUAUUCGGAUAUAAUGGUGAUUAUUCUGUGUGUAUGUUACUAUCUUGAAACGCCAUAUUCUGUAGCUUCUUGUCAAAAUGAUAUUUUACAGACUUCCAUGUUAUAUAAAACUUGCUAAUGCUGGUAAGAAAUAGAGGAAAUAAAGAUCUUCGUAGCAAAACUAUGAGCCUGAGUUCAAUCUGUGUUAGCGUAUUUAGAAGAUAUCGUUGACUAAGACGAAACAUUUGUCUUUUCGGUACUUCCUGGUUGUCAAUGAUUGUCUAAAAUCAUUUAGUGGUGUAAACUUUGAAAAGUCAACAAUCUUCUAAUGUGAUUAAUUCGAAAACUAUUCAGUUUACUACACAGAAUAGUGAUAUCAAUAAAUGAUUUCUCUCUGCUUUUUUUCUUUGUUUCCUCAUCCUGUCCGAAUGCAUUUCUCAUCAGGAUUACUCCAAUUUUGUUCUACUCUUAGAUCGAAUUUUCUUAAACUCCAUUCUCAAAAAGAGCCCAGACAUUGGUACCAUUCAAAUAUACAUGAAUUUCAUUCAGCUGUUCAAACAUAAAACCAUAUCAUCUACUGACAACAAAUUAUCCACAUAUACCUCUUUCCAUGAUCCAGACCAUAUAUAUUACUUAUUUCGUUAUAUUCUUAAACAGAUUGAAAAAUCCUUUACUGAACUGUAAGUGUCUUCCAGCAAUACACUUUCUCAUUCACUCACUCACUUCCUUUCUCUCUCCUUAUAGAUAAAUUCUCAGUAUGUUCUUGACUUGAUAUUUCUUACUUUUCUGACUGUAACAGAAUAUUUCUAUCAAUCUCUUUUUUUGUUUAAAUGAACAUCACUUUCAUUCAUUGAUAUGUAUAGUUAUGAGUAUGAACGUAUUCCUUUUCGAUGAUGUUGUCUUCUCUAAACUAGUUAGGUUAGUUACGAAGCUUUGAAUAUUCUUUGCAAUUGAUCCAUUCAUUUCAAAUAGUAUGUAUGAUAGAUGGUUGGAUUCAACUGAGCUACCAAUUUUCGCGUUAUAAAUGUCCAGUUGAAUUUUCAAUUUUGGUAACACACAACGUACUCAGUUCACACUUACCGUUUCUACAAUUUCUUUCAUUGAAACUCAUCUUCACAUCUUGUACAUUUUUUAGUGCAUAGAAUCUAUAAAAUCAAUAUCGUACACAUAUCUCCUACGGUAAACUGCAUUCAGUGGUUUGUUUUCAAACAUUAGCAAAGUGACAUUUCACGUCUCUGUUUUCCUUAAUUACAAUUCCUUUGUUAUAUAUACAUUACACAUGUAAACAGAAAAUAACUUUGACACUAACGCAAUUCUCUCCUCGUUAUUUUGUACGACAAUACUAAAUUAUGCUUGUCCAUUAGUUAAUUAUAAAUAAAAAUCCAGUUUCUCUAUAUUAUUGAGUUUGUGUCUCCACAAUAUAUAUGGGUUCUGUUGGAUAGCCCGCGAGAAUUAUGUAACUCGCUAGCUGGCGCUCAUCAGAAAAGUGCAUCUGAUAAUUUUGGGCGAGUGAUCUACGUGACAUUCGAGCCAGCACCACUCAUAUUUGCAGUCAGAGUUAUUAACACUGACUCCCGGUAGGACUAAGUGAUGAUCGAUUUCAUGUCUAUCUAUUCCUUUCGUGCCGAAUGAACCUUAUCGAUUAAGUUGAAAUGUGGUCACUAGUCUAAUUGACUCGACGCCAUGUGCACUACGUUGAGAUAUUAGGGGAUUGAAAUUAGUUGGAAGAGAAUCCUACCUGAAUUUUAACCUUAG